AUGUGGAACAAAAUAUGGACAUUCGUACUGGUUCCUGGUUUUAUACCGUUGAGUGAAAUGGCAAUGCUACGGUGUUAUCAAGGUAAUGGCAGUUAUAAGUCAACGCCGCUGAAAUCGCCUUUAGGCCUAUUAAAUUCAUCGUUCAAUGUGACGUUAGACACGGUGUUUUUUGCGUUUGGAUUUAAUAAUACGCCUCGUACAGUCACAGUUAUAGCUAUAACAAAGGCAUACAUGCAACUCAAAGAGAACACUGAUAUGAACUAUGUACUUCUAAAUUGGGAAAAGGAAGCGACUUCUGAAAUCGCGGGGCCCAUUAUUCAUUAUCCAACUACAGGAAUUUUCAACGCCAAAAGAAUUGGAGAGGCCUUGGGUGAUGCACUUCUAGAAUUGUCAAACCACGGACUGGAUUUGAAGCGCGUACAUUUAAUAGGACACUCACUUGGAUCUCAUCUAAUGGGUUACGCUGGUAGGCAAACGACAAAACAACUAAAACCCGUUGGAAGAAUCACCGGUUUAGACCCAGCAGGGCCCCUAUAUGAAAGUCCUACAUUACUACAUCCGUUAAGAGAGACUGAUGCCAUUUUCGUAGUAGGUAUCCAUAGUAACCCUGUCGUAUAUGGUACAUCAGAAAAUGUCGGGCAUGUUGACGUUUGGCUUAAUUGUGGCAUGAGACAUCAACCAGGCUGUCGUGAGAACUUUUUAGAGCUAUGCAGUCACGCCCGUGCGCCUAUUUGCUACGCAGAGUCAAUAAACUCCAUACAAGCUUUUCCAGCUGCUAAGUCUACGAGCUGCGGUGACUGGAAAGCUAAGAAAAAUAUCAACGAUGAAGAUGAGAUUAUAUAUAUGGGAGAGAAUAUUGAUAGAAACGCAACAGGGAUCUUUUAUUUGAGAACAAAUUCAGCCCGUCCUUUUGGAAAAGGCCUGGAUGGAAUUCAAUAUUCUUAA